CGACUUCCUGUCAGAUCUCAGCUCAGCUGCCUGGCCGCCUCUCCGGGAGGCUUGUGGCUCUGCAGACCGGGGAGCAGGGAGGCUUCUGUGGCUGGUGUAUGGCUCGGGAAGGCGCCUGGGACCUCCGCGCAGCAGAACCAGUAACGGCAGCAGAAACGGCCAUAAAUGCGAAUUGUUUACACCGGCGGGUCCAGCUCCUGUUCCUGCUUCCCCGCCUCCCCGCGACUCCGAACGGCCGCCUCUGCGCGGCGGCGUCUCCGCACAUAGCGUCAGUGGAGCGGGGCUGAUGGCCCUGGUGCUCGGCCCGGCCUUCAUCACCAUCGUCCGCCUGUGCGUCUGCUAGUGAGCUACAAGAAGCCGUACACGUUAGCGAAGCGGGGAGAGGCAGAGGAGGAGCCCGGGCCGGGGCGCAGCAUCGCACCGUGCAUGGUGCUGCGGUGUCGGAGGGAGUGGAUGAGCAGCCGGAGCUGACCCAGAGAUGGCUGUCCUCAAACUGGCCGACCAGCCUCCUCUCAUCCAGGCGAUCUUCAGUGGAGACCCUGAGGAGAUCCGGAUGCUCAUAUACAAGUCUGAAGACAUCAAUGCUCUGGAUGCAGAGAAGCGAACCCCGCUGCAUGCAGCAGCCUUCCUGGGCGAUGCAGAGAUCACCGAGCUCCUCAUCCUCUCUGGUGCACGGGUCAACGCCAAAGAUAAUAUGUGGCUCACCCCUCUCCAUCGCGCUGUGGCAUCUCGGAGCGAAGAGGCGGUGCGAGUUCUGAUCCGUCACUCGGCCGACGUGAACGCCCGGGACAAGAACUGGCAGACGCCGCUGCAUGUAGCCGCAGCCAAUAACGCGCUGCGCUGUGCUGAGGUCAUCAUCCCUCUGCUGAGUAGUGUCAAUGUGUCGGAUCGCGGUGGACGCACCGCCCUGCACCACGCUGCCCUCAACGGCCACACUGAGAUGGUAAACCUCCUCCUCGCUAAAGGAGCCAACAUCAACGCCUUCGAUAAGAAGGACGGCCGAGCGCUGCACUGGGCAGCUUUCAUGGGUCAUUUGGAUGUGGUAUGUCUGCUGGUGAGUCAGGGGGCGGAGAUCAGCUGUAAAGACAAACGGGGAUACACUCCCCUCCACACGGCAGCCUCCAGCGGACAGAUUGCUGUGGUCAAACACCUGCUCAACCUGGCCGUGGAGAUAGACGAGUCCAAUGCGUUUGGGAACACAGCGCUCCACGUGGCCUGUUUUAACGGUCAGGACGCUGUCGUCAGCGAGCUGAUCGAUUACGGCGCCAACGUCAGCCAGCCCAACAACAAGGGCUUCACCCCGCUGCACUUUGCUGCUGCCUCCACACAUGGAGCGCUCUGCCUGGAGUUCCUGGUCAACAACGGGGCCGACGUCAACGUACAGAGUCGAGACGGGAAGAGUCCUCUUCACAUGACGGCAGUUCACGGACGCUUCACUCGCUCCCAGACCCUCAUCCAGAACGGUGGGGAGAUCGACAGUGUGGACAAGGACGGGAACACCCCUCUUCACAUUGCUGCCCGCUAUGGUCAUGAACUCCUCAUCAACACGCUCAUCACCAGUGGGGCAGACUGCACAAGGCGUGGAGUCCAUGGCAUGUUCCCUCUCCACCUGGCUGCUCUGAACGCUCACUCCGACUGCUGCCGGAAGCUGCUGUCCUCAGGCUUCCAGAUAGACACCCCUGACAGUCUGGGGAGGACCUGCCUGCACGCUGCUGCUGCCGGAGGUAAUGUGGAGUGUGUUAAGCUGCUCCUGAGCAGUGGAGGAGACCACAACAGGAGAGACAACUGUGGCAGGACUCCCCUCCACUAUGCGGCAGCCAGCCGUCACUAUCAGUGUCUGGAGACUCUGGUGGCUUGUGGAACUGCCAUCAAUGCCACUGACCAGUGGGGGCGCUCUGCCCUGCACUACGCUGCUGCCUCGGACCUGGAUAGGAGGCGUCGUGUCGCUCUGGAGCCGGAGAGUGAAGGAGUUCAGGCGGAGAGAGAGAAAGAGGCAGCGCUAUGUUUAGAGUUUCUGCUCCAGAGCGGAGCGACGGCCUCGCUGAAGGACAAACAGGGCUACAGUCCCGUCCACUACGCCGCCGCCUACGGACACAGGCACUGUCUGGAACUGCUGCUGGACAGAGACGACAGUCACCGUGACGACCCCGAGUCUCCCAACGCCAGGAGCCCGCUGCACCUCGCCGCGUACCACGGCCACGCUCAGGCCCUGGAGGUGCUGCUGCAGGGGGAGGGGGAGGUGGACCAGGGGGACGAGGUGGGGAGGACGCCCCUAGCCCUGGCUGCCCUUCGUGGCCACAGUGACUGUGUUCACACCCUCCUCAGCCAGGGGGCGUCGCCACGCACCACUGACACGCAGUACAGACGCACCCCCGCACACCUGGCAGUGAUGAACGGUCACACGACGUGUGUGCGCCUCCUGCUGGAUGAAUCAGACGGUGCAGACCUCGUGGACGCCGCUGACUCUCAGGGACAAACUCCUCUGAUGCUGGCGGUGGCGGGAGGUCACGUCGACGCCGUGUCGCUGCUGCUGGAGAGGGAAGCCAACGUCAACAUGGCCGACAACCACGGCCUCACUGCGCUGCACCUCGGGCUGCUGUGUGGUCAGGAGGAGUGUAUCCAGUGUCUGUUGGAGCAGGAAGCCUCGGUUUUGCUCGGCGACUCUCGGGGUCGUACGGCCAUCCACCUGGCCGCCGCCCGAGGUCACGCCUCCUGGCUGAGCGAGCUGCUGAGCAUCGCCUGCUCUGAGCCGCCGUCCCUGCCGCCGCUGAGGGACCACAGCGGGUACACGCCGCUGCACUGGGCGUGUUACUACGGUCAGGAGGGGUGUGUUGAGGUCCUGCUGGAGCAGAAAGGUUGUCGCUGUAUUGAUGGGAAUCCCUUCACCCCCCUGCACUGUGCAGUAGUGAACGAUCACGAGCCCUGUGCAUCACUGCUGCUGGAGGCGAUGGGAUCGGACAUCGCAGGCUGCAAGGAUGCUAAGGGCAGGACUCCUCUUCACGCUGCAGCAUUCUCGGGCCACAUCGACUGUGUCCAGCUACUCCUUUCACACGAUGCACCUGUCGAUGCUGUAGACCAAUCAGGUCGCACGGCGCUGAUGAUGGCGGCUGAGAAGGGCAGAGUCGGGGCUCUCGAGGUGCUGCUCACCAACGCCAACCUCAGUGUGACGGACAAAGACGGGAACACCGCCCUGCAUCUGUCUUGCAGUAAUGGAAAGGAAGAGUGUGUGUUGCUGAUCCUGGAGAAACUGUCAGACACUUCGCUCAUUAAUGCCACAAAUGCAGCGCUGCAAACUCCUCUCCACCUGGCGGCUCGUAGCGGUCUGAAGCAGGCGGUCCAGGAGCUUCUGUCCCGAGGAGCCAACGUUCAGACGGUGGAUGAGAACGGUCUGACCCCUGCUCUGGCUUGUGCUCCUAGCAGAGAGGUGGCUGACUGUCUGGCUCUCAUUCUGGCUACCAUGAUGCCUUUCUGCUCCCCUUGCAGCUCCGGGGCUCCCUCCCCAGGCUCCCUCCUGAGGCAGCUGCCCCACCAGGGGGGCAAAGGCCCGGGCACUGGCCCUCGGGGGCCACGCAGCCCCAGGAACCCCUCCGGACCCUCCAGCGAGGGAACCACAGAGAACGACUCGGAGGACUCGGAGACCUUCUGACCCCUCCGAACCGACUCUCUGCCCUCCUACCUCGAACUGUGCACCUGAACUUUUUGUUUUCCUUCCUCCCCCAGGAACGGUGCAGUGUUUUUACUGAUGUGCACUCUUCAGGUAGAAGUGUAGAGACCUGGUUGUGACACAGCGUGGAUGUUUGCAGUUAUGGAGCAAAGUGUUCAAUAUUAAAUAAUCGAUCACAUGGAUAAACUGUAAAAAUAUAUAAACAACUACUACUAACUAAAUAUUUAUUUUAAACUGUAGUUAAUUUGUAGAACUUCAAAGUCAAUAUUUUUCUGCAGACGCUCAGAACUGCUGACAAAUUCAGUUGUUAAAGGAAAUUAAAUGGGGGUAUUGAUUAGAUUUAGUGUUAUAGUGAAUGAACAUCUUAUGUCACCAAAAACCACACUGUAAAAAUACUUAAUCAUAAGUAAAUUCCUGCAGGGAAUAGUAUGUAAAUAUAAUCAGGAAAAGUUACUUAAAAAGGAAAAUUUUACCAAUGGAUCAAUGUAAAAGCAUUUUUUCCUAAUUUUUCCAUUUUUUAACAAAUGAACUAAUCUUCUGAUGAUUUUCUUGAUCAACUGUUUGAUUUGUAAAAAAUUAAGAAAAAUACUGAGAAUCACAACUGUCCUCAGAGUCUGAGGAUUUUUUUUUGUCCAAAACUCAAAAUUGUGAAAAUGAAUAAAUAAAAUAAUUUAAAUAACUGAAAGAAAAAGCAAGAAACUGUAGCCAUGAGAUGGAUCAACUGUCAGACUAGUUUAAUCUAUAACAAGGCUUCAUAUUUUAUUUGAUCUUCAUUUUUGAAGAGUCAGAUAAAUGCAGUGGAGUAAAACCUCAGAUUUGUACUUGAAUAAAUCUUAGUUAUAUUCCUCCACCUUAACUUUUACAGUUUAUUCAUGUAAUAAUUUGUUUUUUAGUUAUUUAAUACUGAAUGCUUUGGGCUCCUCACUGCCGUGUCUGUAUCUCCGGCUCUUCUUGUGGGGGAACAUGUACAGAAUCGCCCUCCUCUGACACCAGGCUGGAGGCUUUUUUUUUUUUUUAGUGCUCUUUUCCAAAAGAAAAAAAUUAAUUAAAAAAGAAAAAAAAAAUUAACAAAACAAAAGGAUUGGAGCAGCUGCACUGCCCUCGACUGACUCCUGCAGCCGAACAAUGACACUGUGGCUGAAGAAGAAUUCGAUCUGGACCAGUUCUGGUUUGGGUCUGCAUGCUUGUGUUAACUUAGACCACGGUUCGCUCUUUCUAAACACGGGUGCUUAAAUCCAAACCGACCUCGGUACUUCGUCUCUGCAUGGCACAGCAACUCGCCUCUGAGACUCGUUUUGUCUUAAAAAAACGAAAAAAAGACAGAAAAAAGCCAUUUUUAACUGUUUGUACAAAAUGAAGUUGACCAUUAAGAAAGUUAUGUGUAAUUCUAACCUUUUUAUGAUUUUGGCUUGUUGUACCAAAUAUUUGACUUCCACACGUAAAUGACUACACAUGAAAAAGGUACACACAGUAGAGCUUGUUUUUAACUUUUAACCACUGAAGCACAAAUUUGGAUUUUGCUGUUUGAUUUUGCUGAACUGUGGCUGGAGUGUGAAGAACACAGCCUUCAUAAGAUGUUUCAGUCGUCUGAAAACUCACCAGGAGAGAGGACACGACGCUGGGUACAUCUCAGUUCCCUGAAUCACGUUUAUGUGAAAACAGAAACUGCCAAACAUUUGCUGCUUCCAGCCUCUGAAACAUUCAGGACUGGACGUUGCCUGGUGUGUCUGACCGUCACAGGCUGAAUACGUUUUUGAACGUAUGGUUGAAUUAAAUAAGUUUGGACUUAAACAACAAGCUUCGCCUUGUAUGUAACCAUAUUUAUUUUUUAUGGUCCACCUUUCGAGGUGUAGUCCAGAGUACGAUACAUGCUCCAACACCCACGGCUGUCGUCCAGAAUGUUUGUGAGUCUGAUGGAAGCGAAGGAGGCGGGUCAGUUUGUAACCAGAGGCAAAUGUUUCUUAGUUUGUUUUACGUAGAAAUGAAUGGGAAGCGGAUUUUGGUCCUACUGCACCGUCCAGCAGAUCCUGGUCUGGUGCAUCUUCGCUCCUCUGAGCAUGAGAACGAACCCGAUCAGUCUCUGGGUUACAAGCGAGGAACGGGAUCAGAUGAGGGAACUGAGGCGUACCCACUGAUGAACGCAGGGUUUGUGCAGAUGUGACUAAAAGAUGAGAUUUAUGCAUUUUAUCCUGUGGCCUCCUGCUCUGUUUCGACUCCAUGUUUGUCCGUACCUGUAGUGCAUGGUUGCACACUUUGUAAACCAGGGUAGCCAACGGUGACCAACCUUUCCCACCUGGGCAGGUGUAAACCAGGUGUAAUCAUUCGAGCCCAGGUUCUCCAUAAAGACCAAAUUCAGCUCAGUUCGUUGUGGUAUUUCUGAUCUAAUACAUGAUGGUACAAAUACUGCCAGCACUUAAAUGUACAAUAACACAGGGCCUUGACCACUCCACCUCUCACACCCCCGUUUGUCUACUGACCAGCUAUGUGCCAUUGUCUCAAAUGUGUCCAGUGCCUUGUUGUCCAUUACUUUUUAAUUUUUCUUUCAUGACAUAUCCUGUGUCAGUAGAUUUUAAUAUUUUUAUAAUUUUAAUAUAUCAGUUCACCAAAUUUACAAAAUCAAAGAUUUUCUAAAAGAACCCUGGUGGUGUUGAGUUGCUCAGGUUUGGUUUAUUUACUGAUUUAUUUAUUUUCUUUUUUUUUUUUUUAGAAUUAAAUUGAGUUGACAGUAAAUUAAUCAGCAGCUAAUUUCCUAAUUGAUUGUUUAAAUGAUGCUUCAUGAGCAAAGAUUCACUGGUUUCAUCUUCUGAAAUGUAUUUUCUGGUUUUCUUAGUAAAAGAAGACUGAAAAUAUGAGUUUGAACUAAAACCUGGAGAAAUAAAAACAAAACUAUCUGCGUGUCUCGCCACCACUAGAUACCGUUUUUGUUUUUUUGUUUUUUUUUUUGGUAAUUUUGGUGAACUGAUUGUUAAAUGUUGAGCAUAAUGUGAGCGGUUUGUUUGAAAGGAGUUUGCUUGAGGGACCAUUAUGCAGGUGUUUUUUUCUUUUCUUAGUGAAAUGGUGUUUCACUCCUCUGUUUUCUCUCCUUUAAUGCUGAUGAUUUUCUGUUUGUCUUAUUGUCAACGAAUCCCACAGAAAAGCCACAAACAAUAAAUGAGUGACCUGUUUGUUCCCUAAUGACAGAAAUCAUUAAAAACUGUUCACAAAUAUAUAUUUUAUUUAAAAAAAAAGGCUAAAGAAUUUCCCAAAAUAGCUGAGCACUAUUUUUAAUCAAACGUCACUUAACCAGGAUGAACACACAUUUGCUGGGGACUAGUUUAAGCUGCGGAUGAACACACAUUUGGUGCUUUAGUGAGUACUGUGUUGUAGUUUUUGGACUUUUAAUACUUUUUAUAAGAUAAAAUUAUUGUUUUUGGCCUUUUUGUGGAAUUUGUUGACAAUCAGGGAAAAAUGAAACAUUACCAGAACUUAUCCUUUAUGUUGGUUGUGUGCGAGAGUGUGUUAGGUACUCAAUUAAAUUGAACUGCUUUUGUACAUAAUGUCGACAUAAAGCUUUGUAUGG